GAAACAGCUCUUCAAAAGAUCCGCGUCUUCAUCUCUCACGGGUUUGAUUAGCUGAAUGACCGGUUGAAAAGAGAGAGAACGAUGUUAAGUGUAAAAAGUGCAGCAACGCGACAGAAUAACGCACCACAUGACACGGAACUCUCUUUCUACUAUUGGUCAAAUUUUGAGGCAGGAGAAAAAGAGAGAGAGAGAGAGAGAGAGAGAGAGAGAGAGAAGAAUGAGUGCAAGUGCAAAGGAUAAACGAGAAAGUGCAAAUAAAAUUGAUAGCAAGUAUGUAUCACUUAGUUGUAUGUUUCGGAAUGUAAAUAAGAACGUAGUAACGUAUUAUUUGAGUUUAGCACAGACGAGAUUCGCGAUUAUGGUCAAUCUGGAUGAAUAUAGAGAGAAUGUACGACAACUCAAACAAUACGCGACCGUUCACAAUGUAUCGGAAGCGCAAACGUCGGAAAUAUUUCAAGCUUGUUUCCGACAAUUGGAAGCCAAGUACUCGAAAAAAUCGAAGAAACAAUCGAGGUCUCUGCGAAUUAUUUUAUCACUCGUUUUUAUCUCCAUCAUACUGUUAUGCUUAUGCCAAAGCUGGUUAAAUGUUAUAUUUAUAAGAAUCUCGCAAAACUCCAUUUAUCCCGCUUUAUAUACGUUGCGUAAAGCGGCUGUACCAAUUGUCAGCUUAUAUCCAUCGCUAUCUGAAUUAUACGACGAAUGGUGCUUGAUAGAGAAUCCAUAUUUCUAUGUCAACGAUAUGGACUGCUGGCCUUGUACUAUGGUCCAUUCUGUAUUAGAUUUAACUGGUCACAAUAUCAACAGAUCCUUUAACAUUGGUAUACCAUAUACUAGAGCAGAAAAUAAUACAAUUAUCAAGAUGAAAGAUCUAGUUAAUUUAUAUUGGAGCAACCAAGAUAUCUUUGAUGAAAAUGCUAAAAGAAUUUUUUCUACUAAUGAAACUUUUAAAACUAUCCGUGAUGUUAUGGAUAAUAGAUUGGAUAUCUUUCACACUGCUUCUCUUUCUACUCACAUAUCUUGGAAAAUAAAUCGUAUGAAGCCCAAUAGAAUACUCCGAAAAUUAUUUCCAAAGCCAGCGGAGACUCCGAAUUGGUGGAGUCAAGGCACAGAGAAAUAUAUUUUCAUCGACGAGUCGGAAUCACCGUCUUAUCCAUUGCCCAAUUCUGAGUGUAGCAAUAUUGUGAUACGAUGCGUAGCCGGUGCAAGACUGAUAAAAAUGACACCAAGUUCGGAAUGCGUUCAACAUUGUAGAUCUUCGACCAUCUUAUUGUCCGCUGGACAUACAUUAUGGUACAAUUGGUGGUAUUGGAGACCCGUGAGUCUACCAGUGUAUAAUGCUACUGCUCUUUCUAUUAGUUAUUUAACUUCGUUUUGUUAAUAUCACCGAUAGGAAAAAUAUCGUAGAUACAUACCACAACAAUGUAGCUAAUAAUGAUGAAGCCAUAUUUAAUAAAAUUUAUUAAGUUUAUCUGCAUUUUUCCUUCGUAUUUACGUAUUCGUAUUUAUUAUAUAUAUAUAAUUUCAAAUAUUGAUUCAUAUAAGAUUGUUUGCAGAUUUAGAUUUUUCAAGUGGAGUAUUAUUUCUGACAAUACAAUAACACAUGAAAUAAAAAAUGAAAUUCAGCAUCUUAUCAACAAAGAAUUUCCUGAGAUCAUUUCCUGACAUAAUAUUGUCUAAAAUAUAGGCAUAUUUGUGACACUUAUAAUAAAAUAAGUCUGUUUCUACUUUCGCCUAUAUUUAGUUUACAUUUUUAAAUGUCUCCACAUAAUCUAAAACACACUUGUAGAAAUAAAUUACAAACAACAAUAAAUAAGUUAUGCGAAAAUUGUUGU